UUACAUUGCUUGAUUCUUUCCCAUUCUUCUCUCCACAGUUACCUCACAGAGUGUUACGAUGAACUCGGCACACAAUACAAAGUGCCAAUCUAUUGUCUAUCGUAUCCUAUCAAUAUUGUUAAAGAGGAAAAUGGACGCGAUUCACCAGCGGAAUUCUCAGAGCCAGUCGAUGGUGGCACUGAAGUAUUCUUAAAAUUACGAAUAUCGUCUACAAUGUCUGAUGUUAAAUUACCAGUAUACUCAAAAGACACUGUAGGACAGUGCAAAAAGAAAUUACAGGCUGUGGAAAGCAUCGAUGCCUGCUGCCAGCGUUGGUUCUACAGCGGCAAAUUACUCGGCGAUAAAGUGCCCAUAGACGAGUGCAACAUACAGAAUGGUUAUGUGGUGCAAGUGAUCGUCAAUACGGAGCAUUAUAAUCACGAUAACGGUACAAUCAUACCAGUUGCAAGCUAGCCUAGUGUCUAUGUCUAUACCAGCGCAAAACAAAUAAAAUUAGCAACGAGAACCGCAGCAGCAACAGCAACACGAUUAUUAGUAGUAACAACAACAACAACAACAACGCCAACAUCAGCAAUAACCAUAACAAAAGUGUGCAUUGAUGCUGUCACACUAUUUGCAUACGUCAUAGUUAAAAUAUUUAUCAACACUUUAAUUAUGAAUGAGAUAACAAAAAAAAAAAAUCUCUCACAGCAGACAAACAGAGUGUUAUGUAAAUUUUAAAUUAUACACUUGAAGUGUGCAUUAGUGCAAGCGCUCUGUUGAGUAGGUGCACAUUGUUGUUGUACAGCGAAAUAACGCUGAUCGUAUGAUGGUUUGAAAGCAUUCAUUGUUUGUGUUUUUUUUUUUGAGUAAUUUCAACGUUUGCAUCAAAUUUUGCUACACUCUUUAUGAUACAUAACAGCGUGAAGGCAUAUUGUUGUUGCGAAAAUCGUAGAAAAAUCGUUUGGAAACUGUGCGUCUGCGGCUGUCCGCUGGCAUGCAUUUGUUGGUUGGUUAAUUGUUGGUUGUUGUUGCUGACCGACUACUGUUGUUGCUGCCAAGCGCUUACAAGCAACCGACUGUGCAGCAGAUAUUACAUAUGUACAUACACAAACGCAUAUAUACACAUAUUAAAUAAAUGUAUACACACAUAUACAUACUAAAUAUUUAGAAUGAAUGGUUGAUUGACUGAUGAAAGUAAUGAGAAUAUGCAAAAUUUGUAUUUAAAACGAAGAAAAAAGCGUUUCCUUGAAAUAGAAGAAAAGAUUUGAAAUUUUUAUGCGAAAAAAAACUAAAGUUUUGUUAUUUAAUGUAUCAAAAUCUACUGAAAUUAGUAAUUCCUAUUACAAGUUGUAUGUACAGGAUAACUAGUAUAAUAUUUAGCAUUUUCCACAACUAAUUUUUUGUAUUUUUUAGGUAGUAAUUAAAGUGUGAAACACAAAAAUGUAAAUUGUUCUAAGUAAAAGCAGAUGUGCUGAAAGAAAAAAGAAGUGAAUUAAGAAACAACUGAAAGGGAAAAGAAAACUGAAAUUACCAGGGAUGAAAAACAAUCACUUUUAUUUGUAAUUUAUGUAAUAGAAAUUUAUUUGAAUAUAUAGGCGUAUUUGCGUAUGUUACUCUUUUAUUAAUGAGUAAGGUCAAUUAAAAGUUUAUGUUACUUCUUGAUUAAAACUUUUUUGAUUUUGGUCUUAGGAAACUUACAUUUCGCUCCACUGCUCAAGAGUAAAGAUAUUUCGUCUACUACUACUUUAUCAAAAUUUAAUUGUAAUUCUUUAAAUUUUAUUGAAUAAUAAUUUCGGUUACAUAUUUUUAAUAACUUCGCGCUGGAGAAAGUAAAGCCUUACCAUUUGACAUUUAUAAUAUUUCACAUACCCAAAUUAGUAUUUGCUAAUUAAAAGUUUGCCAUUUCGCAAUUUCGAAUUUUUUAUGGCAGAGCAACGCGCUAGAAUUGUUGAAUCAUUCUACCAAAAUGUUAAAUUAUAGGUGACUGCAUUUUUGAGCAUUUCCUCUGUGAUAAGGCCCAUUUCACUCUUGGCGGUUAUGCUAAUAAGCAAAAUUACCAAACGAUGAAGAAGCAAUAGCCAAUUCUCAGAGUUAUGCCGGCAUUAUCAAUGACAAUUUUUGGCCUAAAAUUGAUAAUCUCGAACGCUUAAUCUCGAUAUGUGGCAUAGAGGGUUGCCUAUCAAGAUUCUGUAAUUCACCGCUUUUGGAUUCCUAUUUCUGGGGAUAUGUGAAAGACGGUUUUUUAGCGAACAUUUCCACAACUCUGAUGCGAAUGAAUAACGAGAUACGUGAAGUUAUCAUGGAGGUAUUGUCCGAAUUAUGAGAGAGGCAUUGAAAAACACCUCAGAAAUAUUAGGUCCUGAAAACUAUACUAUGUUUUUUCCUUAACUUUACUUCCCAAGGAGAAAAUGGAUUACCCUGCGGAAUUUACAUACACAGACUUAGUUGACUCUACUUUAACUGGGUAAAUGGUUUCGAGCGAAAAGAGAGUAAAAAUAAAACCAUCAACGUAGAAAAAAUCAAAUGUACUUAAUAAAAAAAAUUUUAAUA